UAAACUUUCUAUUUUGAAUUUCUUGUUAUUAUUCUGAAUUUCAUAAAUAACCCAAAAAAAAAAAAAAAACUUUCCCCUUAGUUAAACUGCAGGUAGCUCCUACAAAUUUCCUAUUUCCGUCCACUUUGAACAUAUGCUAUUUUAUUUUAAAAAUUUAAGUCCCAACGAAAAAUAAUCAGCAACCUCACCCCCAAAAACAGCUCUUCAAAACUUCUGAUAAAGAGAAAUACUUCCUCCACUAAUACAUCAAAUAUUCUACAAUUAUUUGCCGACCAGCAGGAGAAAUGGCAGGGGCUAUUGUGUCCUUAGUUGUUGAAAGAAUUUCUGAUCUACUCAUCCAUGAAGCAGUUUUCCUCAAAGAUGUGAAAGAUCAAGUUGAGAGCCUAAAGUAUGAACUGAAGCGAAUGCAGUGUUUCUUGGAAAACGUUGACCGGAAGCCAGAACAAGACGAGCGUCUCCAUAAUCUGGUAUCGCAAAUCCGUGAUCUUUCUUGCGAUGCUGAAGAUGCCAUCGACUCUUUUAUUCUAGAAGCAGCACAUCAACGAGAUUCUCAUGGGAUUGUCAAGAUAUUCACCUCCAUUUUCACUAAGCCUGAUCAUCUGCACAAAAUCAGGGUGCAGGUCAAAGCAAUCCAGACCAAGCUCCAAGACAUUUCCAAGAAUCUUCCAGCUUAUGAGAUACCCGGUGAUGGAGAAGACUCUAGCUCAAUUUUCAAGUUGCAGCAACGGUUAAGAAGGACAUAUUCGCAUGUCGAGGAAGACGACGUUGUUAGCUUGGAGGUUAGCACCAAGGAAGUCAUGACCAAGUUGAUGACUGAAGAAGAUAGAGCCCACGCCGUCGUUUCCAUAGUCGGCAUGGGGGGCAUUGGUAAGACUACUCUUGCCAGAAAAGUAUAUAAUCAUGUUGAUGUGAGACGCCAUUUUGAUUUCUUGGCUUGGGUUUAUAUAUCUCAACAAUGUAAGCAGAGAGAAGUUUUGCUUAGUGUCUUAAUGAAAGUUCUCUCCCCUUCUAAAGAUGAAAGAGAGCUAAUUGAGAAACUGGACGAGAGUAAGCUGAUGAAAAGGCUUUUUGAUGCUUUGAAAGAAAAGCGGUAUUUGGUAGUCCUCGAUGAUAUUUGGAGAAGCGAGGAUUGGGAUAUUCUUAAACUUGCUUUUCCACGAGGAAGAAUGGGAAGCAAAAUACUAUUCACAACACGCAAUAGGAAUGUGGCUUUUGAUGCCGAUCCUUGCAACACUCCCAUUGAGCUCUCAGUUCUUACUGAUGAUGAAAGCUGGAAUCUUUUGUGUAGGAAAGCAUUCCCACGAAGCAAAAUGGGUUCUCAAUGCUGCUCAGAAGAAUUUGAGAAGCUUGGAAAAGAGAUGGUGAAAAAUUGUGGAGGUCUGCCUUUAGCUAUUGUUGUGUUGGGAGGCUUGCUAGCAACAAAACAGUCAUUGGCUCAAUGGGAGAUGUUUUACGAAAACAUCCAUGGACACUUAAAAGGGCUCCCACACCAAGAUAAAAAUGGUGCAGUGAACAGAAUUUUGGUUUCAAGCUACAAUGAUUUGCCUUAUCCUUUAAAACCAUGCUUUCUGUAUCUUGGUCAUUAUCCAAAAGAUUGGGAGAUAUCAAAAAACGAACUUAUAAGAUUAUGGAUAGCUGAAGGUUUCAUUUCACCAUCACUGGAAAGCAAAGAAAUCUCGAUGGAGGAUGUAGGCGAACACUUCCUAGAACAGCUUAUAGAUAGGAGCUUGGUUCAAGUUAGCAGGCAAGGCUAUACAGGAACAAAUGUUAAGACAUGUCGAGUGAAUGAUCUCUUGAGGGACUUGUGCAUUAAGAAAGCAAAAGAGGAGAAGUUAUUGGAAAUUAUUCAACAAUCAUCGGCUCAAUUUGAUGUGACUUUGGUCGAACCUAUGCUACGAAUAAUUUCUAUUCAUCCUAGCGAAGGGAAAGUUCAUUUGAAGGGAGAGCAUCCAAAAUUACGUUCUUUAUUGUUGCCUCAAAAUGAGAAAUUGGUAGAAUUUUGCAUUUCAAAUUGCAAAAGCUUCAAAUUUUUAAGGGUGUUGACUCUUUUAAAAAGGAACGUCGAAAAGUGGCAUGUGUCAAAUGAAAUCGGUGAUCUCCUACAUUUGAGAUACUUGAAGUUAGAAUGCUGGAACGAAAUGAUUUUGCCGCAAUCUAUUGGCAGAUUGAAGAGUUUAUACACUUUAUACAUCAAGUAUCAUACUGACAUUGUAAUUCCAGAUGUUGUGUUCAAGUUGGAACGUUUAAGGCAUAUUGUAAUAAAAAGGAUUGCGUUGUUCGGAAGAGGAUUUCGUUUGCGGCUAGGGUUCACUUCAAAAAAUAUUGAAACUUUGAAGUACAUAAUGGUGGAUGAGAAGUCGAUUGAAAAUAAUGUGGUGCUUAGGUGGACUAAUAUUCAGAGUUUAGGAAUAGUAUUUACAAGAGCAGAAUAUGUGAAGCCUAUCCUAAUCUUGCUAACCAAAUUGCAACGCCUUGGGUCAGUGUCUUUGGAGGUUUUAGACGAUUCAAACCUAUCAUAUCUAGACUUAGAACCUCUUUCUUGGUGCCACCACCUCUCCAAACUGAGAUUAGCUGGGGGGAUAAAAGAUGAUCCACAUUCGAGCUGUCAUAUUUUGAAAUUUCUUCCACCAAAUAUCGUCAAAUUAACUCUGUUUUGUUGUAGGAUGAGCCAGGAUCCAAUGGGUGUAUUGGAAAAGCUAUGUCAUUUGAGGAUUCUCUAUUUGGAAGGAGUAUAUAACGGGAGUAAAAUGAUGUGCUCUGCCAAUGGGUUUCGUCAACUUGAUUCUCUUCAAAUGAUUGGUCUAGAAGAGUUGGAGGAGUGGGAAAUAGAAAAGGGUGCAAUGCCAUGCCUUCGAAGAUUGGAGUUGGCCGAUGUUGAUAGUUUAGGGAUGCUUCCAGAAGGAUUGAGGUUUAUUACUACUCUUCAAGAAAUGAUAUUAACAAAUAUAAGUUCGUCAUUGAAAGAAAGAAUUAAAGUGAUAGAUGGAAGAGAAGGAGAGGAUUUCUAUAAAGUGUGUCACAUUCCCUCUAUCCACAUUUUCUGAUCUCAAGUAAUUGGAGCCAACAUCACGCGAGGAGGGAACACACGUACAAACCUGUACAUUACAAGUGGAGUACUUCAUUUGGGACUAGUAGCCACCAAUCUCGACUAUGGAUCAUAGAACAAACAUGGAGAACACAAAAAAAAAAUGGUAUGAGAAUUACUCAUUUUAUAUUUUUUAAUUAUUAUUAACAUAAAUAAGGUUACAUGUGGAGAUAUGUCUCGCAUUUUGACCAAAACAGUAUGUGAUGUUGAAACAAGAAGAAGCUCUUUGUCCUGAUGAGGAGCUGAAGUCAUGACAAGAAGAAAGUCCUCAUCCCAACGACGCAAUCCUCUUCGUCCCGACAACCAAACGCCACAUCACAAUGUGGCAACAUGUCACUUAAGUUUUCCGGCUUUCUUUUCUCAGUUAAAUUCUGUUUUAGUUUCCCACUUAAAUUCUGAUUAACCUAAUGAUAUUCUAGUCAUAUAUGCUAUGAAUUUCAGCCUAUAAAUAGUCUUAGUUACUCUAGGUUUUAGACAAUAGAAAUAUUAAGAUCGAGAUAAUUCUAUUCUUUGAGUUUGAAAGGUUUUUAUUUUGUGGUUUUGGGUUUUUUUUUAUUCUCCCUCUUUUGCACUCUCUUUUUAUUAUAAUGAAAUCUCUUUUUAUCCA